AUCCCACAAUGCAUUAAACUCUACAAAUUUAAUGGAAUAUAUUAAAAAAAAUAUUUAUUUAAAGAUUUAAAGACUUUCCUUUCCCCAUUGAAGAGUUCAAUGAUCAUUGAACUCCAAAUCCAUUGAAUGUCAAUGUGUCAUCUCACAAUGAUGGAGUUGUAUCCAUUGAAUGACAAGUAGACAUAACACAUCAUUCAACUCUUCCAUUAAACUCUCUAUUAUGAAUGCUCUUACUGCACACCCGUUCCUACACCCUUGUAUAGUGUUCCGAGGUGCUGGGUCCCGGCUAUCCCUUCUGGCUUGGCUCCUUCCAACCUAAAAAUAUGGAUUAUUUAAAUAUUUUAUUCGUGACUAAAAAAUUGGUUCAUUUGCCAAAAUACAGAUCUGGCGUCAAUAAUAUGGAUUUUGUGGCCGACCACAAAUCUCUUCUUUGCUAAAAGAUAAGGUCUUUAAAGUGGUCUAUGUGGGCACCACAGACCUGACCUUCAAGAUAAAAGAAUGAGGUUCACAAUGCUUUUAUCAUAUUAAAAUGUUCUCGUAAAUAACUUUUGUAAUUAAUACUCUUUACCUGAAUGAAUUUUUUUAUGUGGCGAUUACUUUGGAAUGAUGCGAUCUUAUAGCGCCUUUGGUGGAUCUCAAAAUAAUUAACUUCAUCUUAUAUAUCUUCUAGUUUAAAUAUAUUUAACAAGUUGGAACGGAUACUCACAGAAAGAAAUAAAAAAAAAAUUAAUAGAAAGAAAGAUGGCAAACUCAAGCUCUAAUGAAUAUGUUACAGUGGAAGUUGGAGAAGAAAACACAUACCCAUACCCAUCACAUGUUUAUAAUGUCCCCAGUUUUAUUAGCUUGAAACUGAGUGGUAGGGAUGAGUAUCGUAUGUGGAAAACACAGAUGAUAUGUCUCUUAGAGAGUCAUGGUAUGCUUGGUUUCAUCGAUGGAACACUUGUAAGCCCUCGAACCAGUAGUAGUGUUUCAUGGAAGGAGAAGGUGGGUGACCAUCAAACUCAAUACAAGCUGUGGAGAAGAUCAGAUGCCCUGGUGAAGGGUUGGAUUCUUGGUUCCCUCUCCAAAGAAACACUUGGGUAUGUUCUGGAACGUCUCACAGAAAAACUCCAUCAGGAGACUGAUGCGGCAGAUAAUUUCAGUGCAAAAGAUGUUUGGGAUGAACUGCAGAUUAUGUAUUCUCCUCCUACUUUUCCAAAACUGCCUGUUGUUGAAGAUACACAACAAGAUCAAGACAGAGCAGACGAUCUCCAGAGAUUGUACCAAUUUACUCAACGAGGAUAUUGGCCGUCAGUCAAAGAAAUAUUGCGCAAGAGAAGGGUUACAGUGACAGACAAAAUCACGAAUAAUGGCAACACCGCGCUCCAUAUAGCAGUUGGUACUUCCAAGAUGCCGGAAUUCCUAGAGAAAUUGUUGGAAAGAAUACCGGAGAACACACAACUAAUGGAUGUGAAAAAUUCAGAUGGAAGCACGCUGCUUCAUGUCGCUGCCAUUAUUGGCAACAUUGAAGCUGCUGAUAUCUUGGUGGCAAGAAACCCAGAUUUGUUGUUGGCCAAAGACAAUGAAGGUCAGACACCACUAGCCUUGGCUCUUUCUAAUAUGCAUACCGAGACAGCCCGACAUUUGCUGCAACACAUCAAGACUGAUAUACAGAAGGAUGCUCUGUUUUCUGGCAAAACUGGUGAUGAGCUUCUAGUUAGUGUUAUUUCCUCUAAAGAUUUCCGUUUUGCAAAACAUCUGUUCCGGCACUAUUACACAAAAUUGAAUAGUGAUGCUGUGCUGAUGGCUAUAGCUCAAAAUUUCCCACUCGAUUUAAAUGAGAAAAAUAUAGUGACUGAUUUCAUCCAUACACUUAUCCUAUUUAUCCCUACGACGUUAGUAUGGCCAUUCAUUAAAGAGAGAGUUCAAAUUCAUGAAGAUGCUAUGAAACUGUUGCGAUAUGUAUCUUGGUUGAUUAAGGAAAAAAAUCACUCCAGCCUUCACCAUCACUAUUACACAAAUCCGAUUCUCGAAGCCACUAGACAAAAUGCAUACGAGUUUGUACAACGUGUUGUGUUUCACUUCCCAAAUGCAAUUUUGAGUGCCAAUGAAGAUGGUCACAAUAUUAUUCAGUAUGCUGUGAUAAAUCGCUCAGAAAAGGUUUACAACCUGCUUUAUCAGAUGAGCGAACAUAGGAAUAUAUAUCGAACAAUUAAAGACUCCUCAGGGAAUAAUCUAUUGCAUCUAGCUGCAAGACUGGCACCUAACAACAAACUGAAUCUUAUAUCAGGGGCAGCUUUACAAAUACAACGUGAACUACAAUGGUUUAAGGAAGUGGAAAGAUUCAUUUGUCCUCUAAAUAUCAUGCAAAAGAACUCUUUCAACGAAACACCACAAACAGUAUUUACAAAAGAACACAAGGACUUGGUGAUUGAGGGAGAAAAAUGGAUGAAAUCCACUGCAGAGUCAUACACAAUCACAACUGCAUUAAUCAUCACCCAUGGUGUUUGCAGCAGCAAUUACGGUGCCAGGAGGAAGCAAUCAGGAGACUGGGAUACCAAUUUUCAACGACAACAUUGCCUUUAAAAUAUUUGCAAUAUCAGAUGCCAUUUCAUUAUUCGCAGCUGUUACGUCAUUAUUAAUGUUUUUGUCGAUUCUCACUGCACGUUUUGCUGAGCAAGACUUUCUGUUGAAGUUGCCUACAAGGUUGAUAAUUGGUUUGGCCACCUUGUUUAUCUCAACAACAGCCAUGAUAGUAGCGUUUGGUGCAACGUUGUACCUUGUGUUUGGCCAAAGAAACUCGAGGAUUCUUAUUCCAAUAGCUGUCUUGACAUGCCUACCAAUCACUUCUUUUGUGACCCUGCAGUUCCCUCUCGUUUUAGACUUGAUGAGUGCCACAUAUGGUCGUAGUAUUUUUGGUGUGAACAGAAUUAUUCUCGUUGGGAUAGAAAAAUAAUUAUUUGAUAAUAAAUUGGGAAAUCA